AUAAUCCUCGGUUAAACAGUGGCAGAAAUUUGCCUAUAUCUAGCAACACUAAGAACCCAUUUCCAAUGCAAGUACAUGUCUUCCGAAGCAAGUUGGGUAAUUCAGUCAUCAUGAAGGUCUUCGUGGCACUCUUUGUUGCUUUUCUCUUGAUAUUGGCAACCCUGCAAGCUGAUGCAAAAGCAGUCAGAAUGGGGAAUAAGGUGAUGAUAAAUCGCCAUCUCUUGCGUGAACCAACAUCUCUUAGUCAAAAGGCAAACCCUGGAGCUACUGAAGUCAAGAAAUCCAGUAUUUCAGAUCAAACUAAAACCAAAAGCAGCCAUAUUGAUGACGAUGACGAUGAUGGUGAUGAUGAUGAUGGUGAUGGUGAUGAUUAUGGUGAUGAUGGUGAUGGUGAUGAUUAUGGUGAUGAUGGUGAUGAUGGUGGUGGUGGUGUUGUUGCAAACCAAAAUUACCACAAUCAUGGAAAGACUGCCAGCGGAACAGAAACUCGCCACCAUAUUACAACAGAACAUAAUCCCAACAGAAACUAAUUAAGACUUGUUAGUUCGAUGAUGAAGUGAAUGAAGCUUAUGUAAAUGCAGCUUUGCAAUAACGUGGGAACUGUACAUGUUUCUCGCCAUAUGCCCGUGUAGCACACGUACUUUUCUAUAUUGUAAUGAUGCAAAUGCAAGUUCUGGCUUCCAAGAGCCAACAAUAUUAUGAACUUUGCAUAAAAAAGGAAGACCAUGCCUGGCAUGGUUUUGUGUUUGUUUUUAUAACUUUUUAUCCCAUCUAUGAAUCAUCAUCUUCUAUA